AUGGAAAAUAAUUUUGAACAACUUAUUGCUGCACUUCAAAUAUGUUCAUCAUACAGUGAUAGUCUUUGUGAAAUAAGACAUGUUUUAGAAAAACAAAAUUCUGAAUUAUUAUCAUCAUUUAUUUCACAAUUCUAUCAAUCAAUACUUAUCCUCGAACAUUGGGCUUGGGAAUUAUUCAGUAAAACCUCUCAUCAAUGGAUGGAAGAACCAAAAUAUUUAGAAUUAUUGCAUACGCUUGCAUUAUUUAAUAAGAAUUUGAUUUUUAAUUAUGAUGAUAUUGAUGCUAAUACUAAAGGUUCACUACUUAUACCUGAGACCGUUGACUGUAUUAAUGUUAUAUUUGAAAGAUUUGAGAAAACAACCGAUGAAAAUGAUCCAUUUAUUAGCAUAGUUAGUCUUUGGUUUGAUAAUCUCUCGUAUUUUUUACAUGAUAAUAAUGAAUUUGCAAUGUCCAGUAUUUUAAUUUAUAUCACUCAUUAUAUAGUACGUAAAUAUGUUAUGACUGAUCAAUAUAAAUUCUAUUUAAAUCAACUUCAUCAAUCACCAUUAUCACCAUCUAUAUUUACUGCUAAACACUUGUUCUACAUAAAAACCUGUUCACUAUUUUUAAGUUCAUAUCUAUUUGCAAAAGCUCAAGAUUUUAUUUAUACUUCUCAAGAAUUACUUCAUCAUUUUGGUUCUGAUUACGUACAAAUACUUCUUCUUCAUACUUGUACUAUAGAAUCAUGGAGCGCACAAUUACUGACUUGUAUUGUUCAACUUGCGAAUCUUUUCGGUUCUUGUUGUUGGUGGGGAGGAGAAAAGGGACCACAGACAAAAAUAGUUUUUCCUACUGACUUAUCAACUUGCGAAUAUAUCGAUGCACUUAUUCGUAUUAUUGAUUAUUAG